AUGCUCUUUACACACUGCAUACCAGGCCACGUCCCAUUGGAUGCUGGUUGCCGGAGGACCAUGCAAAUGUACUCCAUUAAAGUUGCAAAAGUGAAAUGCCACAACUGGCCACUGAAGGUGUACGGUGUGGUUGCCGCCCGAGAUGUUGUGGACAAUCGUCGCAACAUUCUCUUCUUUCGCACUAGGGAUGACUACCAACUCCUCACGGAGCAUGAUCCGUUUUUGCACUUGACUAGCCCGUCUCGUGCAAUUAUCUCUAUGGACACCGUCAACAUUGAAAUCCAACUAAAACUAAAGGGCACAACAAAGUCUGAAGAUAGAGCACUGAUCAGUAAAGCCUUCUCUUAUAAUGGUGAUGUUGGUGAUACUUUUUCUACGCGUCACCUCAGUGGCCACUUUUGCACAAUAGAGUUGUGCUAUGCGCAUCUUGAAAGAUCACUCCAAGCCACCAUCCUUAGUAUCCGUGUUCAAGAGGGCUCACUGCCUUCUGAAAAUGGCAUCCGGGUUGUUUGUUCCUCACUACCUUCUGAGAGCCCAUCUGAGCAUGUUUUGUUGUUUGGUUCAAAAGGUGGAACAAUUCCCGUGGGUGAAGGGGGCUAUCUGGAUCUGUCAAGGCAAGUUGCUUCGGUAAAAAGAGAAGGAAGGCUAGAAAUUCUCAUGGAGAUCUUGGAACAAUCUGGUUGCACAAGUCAUUAUUUUGCCUUCACACCGGAAUCCAGCAACGUAAGUCAAAAAGAAUUUAACCUUGGUGACUGUAAAUUGGAGAUUACUGUUGCUUGGUCCCUCCUUAUUAAUGACCAGCUGCCUAUCUUGAUGAUGGGGUAUAUAGAGCCUUACUCACCAAGUCCGCAUAUCCCUUUCAUGGAGCUUGGAGAAUGAACUUGUU